CCACGCUCCCGAGCUGGGUCUGCGUGGGCGCCGGCGGUGCGCACCUGGGUGGGGGGCUCGGGCUCCUGGAGCGACCUGAGCGCCCCCCGCACAGACGGGGAGGCUCAGAAACGAGGCUUGCUCACGGCCGCCCAGUGCUUGGCUGACGCUCCGCAUUUGGGGUUGGCGCUUGGGCUUUAAGGUCGCCGGCGCCUAGCGGGAGUCGGGCCAGGGAAGCCUGGCCGGCCAUCCGGCCAGGUGAGCAUCCUACGCAGGAUCUCAUUUAUCCUUGGCACAGCUGUUCUCCUUCGGUGCUACGUACUCCGGGUGAGACCAGGCUCCUCCCGCGUCCAAGUUCCGGUGGCUGCCUUCCGGCCUCCGCCCGCGCUCCUUCGUCAGGGGGCUUAGGCGUGCCGGUCGUGACGGGAGGGCUCUCGUUCCCCAAAUGGAGAGCUGCUGUCUUCGUUCCUGGGUGAGGCGUGAGGAGAAAUGGCUUAGCGAAUUCUUCCUCUCAGAACCACCGCCUGGAAACAGCGCCCAUCGGAGAUGGCUAUAACCGAGUACGCAAGGUGUCUGACAUGCUGCCCAAACUUGACAUUUCUGGGCUUCAUUCCACUCCUGAAUGAGCAAACAAAACCCUUUAAUCACGCCAAAGUCUAUUGACAUCGAGCUGGUAAACUUAGGGAAGGAUUAAUAGGUCGGGAUGUGAUGCUACCUUGAGUUUAGCAAUGAGCGUCAUGCGGAAGGAGAGAGGGACCAGCAAAGGGAAGGAUGUUGAGAGAACACUAGAAACCUUACCCAUUCAUGAUUCUUCCUGGGCUGCUCGCUCUUUUUUCCCUAAGAGCAUCCUUGCAUAAUGGUUUCCCUCCCUGGGCUGUCCCCUUAUCUUUUCUCUUGUAGUAGUUUCUUCUAGAAGUCUCUUCUAGAACAACUCACAGUUACCGCCUUGAUCCUUAAAUAUUAUGUCCAUUUUUACUAUCUUCUUCCUAGUACCCACCACCAGCCCUUAGAAUCCGCUUAGACCCCAUCCCCAGCACACAGGACCCUUUUACACCAAGCCUUUUUUCUCCCUUGCAUCUGAUGUUUCUCUCUUCUCAGCCUUCCUCUACUAAGGGGAUGGGCUUCUUGCCUCUUGUCCUGAGAUGGGCUUUCAUGUUGUUUCAGGGACCCAUGCUGUUUGAGAAUCUGGCUGUGUAUUUUUCACAAGAGAAGUGUGUGAGUCUGUACCCUGCCCGGUCCUUCAGCAGAGACAUCACACAGGAGUGUUUUGAGGAUAUGGCCUUGAUGGAUAAGGCCGUUUUUCCUGCAUUCUGGAACUUUACCAGUCUUGAGACUCUGGCGUUUGAAGAGCUUGCCCUAGAAAAGUACCCCAUUGCCGUGCCCCUUGUUUGCUGCCCAGAAGCCUCCUCUGAGAAUUGGGCUGGAAACCCUGAGAGGAAAGCAUCAGAUGGGACUCCGCUGGCAGGAAGGGUUCAUAAGCCUUUAGUUACCGUAGAAAAUGAGGCCCCAUUCAUAGAACUGUUGCGCUGUUUAGGAGCCACAGCACUUUGUGAAAUUCUUGAGUUUCCUGGGGAAGAAGCCAUAAAUUCAUACAAGUGUCCUGACUGUGACCAAAGCUUCAGUGAUAAUUCACACCUUGUUUUGCACCAGAAAACGCAUUCAGGAGACAAUAAGUAUAAAUGUAGUGACUGUGCGAAGAUUUUUAAUCACAGAACCAACCUGAGGACACACAGGGGAAUCCAUACCGGCGGGAAGCCUUCUAAGUGCACAGCGUGCAGCAGCAGCGGCCUCUGCCAGCCCUCCCGCCUGUCUCGGCACAUGAAUGUCCACGUAAAGGAGAACCCGCCAUGUGGCAUAUGUGGGACAGGUUUUAUGUGGCUCCCAGGAUUGGCACAGCAUCAGAAAACCCACACUGCCAAAAAAGCCUACGAAUGUACUAACUGUGUUAAAUAUUUUAGUCAGAAAACAAAUCUUGUUUUGCGUGAGAAAACACACACUUCGGCUACCUAGUACUAAAACAGUCAGUGCGUGAAAUGUCCUGGGCAACCCUCACGCCUCGCCCUCCCCAAGAAGGGCCAUGAGAAUGACUCUGAAUGCUGCAGCAACUGUGGGAAAAGCUGCUUGUUCUCAAAAUUCAAACCCUUAAAAUGUCCUAAGUGAGCCAUGACCUUCCUUUGUAUCUCUGAACUUAUUUCCCAUCAGAGCAUUCAUAGAGGGGAGAAGCCCCAUAAGUGCAAAGCGCGUGCAAAAAGUUUUAUUUUGGACUCACAGCUUGCAUGUCACCAGAAGAGCUGCGCAGGGGAGGAACCACGUAAACAUACUGUGUGUGGGAAAAGUUUCUGGCUGAAUAUGCAUCUCAUUAAUCAUCAGUGAACCCAUAUGAAAAAUGCCAAGUAAAUAUAGUAAGUUUUCAUUAAUGCUUCUGUUUUUCAGUAUCUGCACUGAAAAUUGGGUAACAAUUACCAUUUACAUUACCAGGCACUUUACAUACAUUCUAUGCAAUAUACCACUUAAUUUUCAUCCCAAUCUUUAUUUAGGUGGUAUGAUUUCUAUUUUAUAAUGGAUGAAGCAUAGUCAAUGGCACAGCUAGUGAAUGAAGCCAGGAUUCUAACCCAGUAACUCAAUUACUGUUGAAAAUCCAUUUGUAUGUGCCAAUGAUACAGACCUUAAAAGUUCAGUUUUGGUUAAAAUGAAGGUUAUUGCUAGAGUUCUUUUAAUUUUGUUUACAUGGUUUCUCAGUUUAGAAGGAGGAGAAUUUAUUUAUUGUCAGUUCUGUAGAUAUAGUAUCUAGGACAGUAAAUACUUUUACAUGUGUUUUACACUUUGUUUUUUGCUAUACUUAUCUGAAUGUAACAUUGGUAUGAGAUUAUUUUACACGUGAGUUUCUGGAGGGGUUUAGAAGCCUUUUUUCAGUGUGUGAAAAGUUCUCAAAUGGGUGGACUAGUUGGUGUCAUGGUGGUUAUUAGUUAUUAGUACCUGUGGAGCCCAUUCUCAGUUCUGAUGCCACUGGCCUUUGUGAUUCAAGUGUUUGCAAGGAUUUUGGCAAUCUGACUAUAGCUCUUUCUUGUGCCUGGACUUGUUUAAGGGAAAGAUACUUGCUCCUCUCUAAGAGGAUUUACUUCCAAUUCCCCACCAAAGGAUUGCCUUGCUAUGAAUUAUAGUAACUAUUUAGUGAGCAUGCUAGAUACUUUAGACAUAUUACCUAAUUUAAUCUUCAGAAUAAAUCUGUGACAGAGAAAGAACUAUACUCAUAUCUUAAAUGAGAAAACUGAAUCCCAGAGAGAAUAACGUCAGUACCUUGCACAAGACACAAAAAUAGCAAUGCACUAAAGGCUGUGUCUGAGCUUAGGUCUCUGAUGCCAAAGGCUGUGCAUUCUUCAACACUGAGUUAUGUGUUGGCAUUCAAACUAUGUGUUAGGACUGCAAGCAGCCAGGGAGACUGAGAGGUGGGUGAGGAUGGUCCUCGUGGAGGCUACCUUGUGGAGGCACAUUCUAGAGCCCCUUUGCCCUCUCUUUGCUUUACCCCAAGCCUAACUUACGUGUAUGGUUAUGAAAAGCCACAGGAAGACUCCCAGGACUUCAAGAUCAAACUCCUAUCCUUCUGACCAGUCCAGAGAUGGCAAGCUCAACAAAGUACUGUCUUUACAGUUUUAGUUGGGUUUUGGUUAAAAAAUUUUUUUCCUCCUCAUUUCCAAAGAAAAGUACAUAUAGAAAAUUGUUAUAGAGCUUAACCAAAAUACUUGACAAUAUAUAGGUCUUUAGAUACUGCUGUUACAUGUAUAUAUUGGAGCAAAAUAUUGUUCAGUGGAAUGGUUAUUAAUGUUAAAAAGAACUAGGGAAUCUUGUAAAUAUAUUCAUAUAGAAUUUCUCUUUAAAGCAAAAUCAAUUGUGUACUUAGCAGAAUGUGUUUAAAAUGGACUUUUGAUUGGGAUGUGAGGAUGGUCUUACUCUGUUUACAUAAUAUAAAAGUACAGCACUUAGUGAAGUUGACUUAUCACUGGGAAACUUCAUAGCUAGAAUAGGGCUGUUUAGGAAUAACUGGAUGGAAAGUAGUACCUGGAAGAUGUGGUCUUUUUACAGACCAGCAGACCAAAAACAAUGUACAGAAAGAUACUGGCCUCUGCUCUAAGCUCUUAACACUAGAAGCGGGAAGAUGCUGUCCAUGAGAAAAAUGGAAACCAGCAGUCCUAAUGCAGCUUGCCCACUCCUUUCCCCCUUUUUGUGUUUCUUGUUUCUUAUUUGCAGACUCACAGUUGAGACCCUGUGCUCUGUAUGUCAACAUCACACUUGGCUCUUUGUUUCUGAUGUCUCACUCUUAGGGCACAGGACAGCAGUCUGCUGGGGCUUCAGGAUCUUAAAUAGAAGUGAAGUCUUCUGUAGGUUUUUCUUUAGUAAGUCUCUGUCUGAGGUGCUUAGAAUUGUGUUGGAAGAUGCGUUCCAGUUUUCUUAUCAGCCACCUCUGGGAUACAAAGAUCUUUGCCAAAUAUCAAAAGCUCUCCUGCUUCUGUCUCGCUCCGAGCAGCUGGCAUGGUGCCCCAUCAGCACAUAUUAGGGGCUUUUAUUUUUCAGGUGACUGAAGAGUUGCAGGAUGGGAGUGAAACUGGGAAAGAGGCCCUGCCAGCAGUGUUGCUGCAGGAGGAAGUGGGGAAGGCUACCUUAGUAGGCGCUUGGACAGAACGGGGCUUACAUAAAGGAUGGAAACUGGCGUCCUUUCCUGUGCUCCUGAGAAAGUGUCGGGGGAGGUGAGAAUUUAUGCCAUAAAUGCUGUUCCACACCUAGCUGUGGAAAGUCCCCUUUCCAGAUGAGGCUUCCUUCACAAUUCAGGUCUUACAUUUUUCUUUAUUUUCCAGAUUUUAGAGGACAAUGUCAAGCUUCCAUAAAGUAUUUUAAAGAAUGGCACUUUCAUAAAAACAAUGUACAUGCGUAUAAUGCGUACAUGCCUUUUUGAUGUAAUACUAUCAAUGACUGGUAUACAGAAAAAAUUAAAAAAUUAAACACAAACCCUAAGGGUCAAUUACUAUGAAAUAGGCAUAUUUUCUGUUGUUGCCUUACUGUACACUUGCACCUAACACACUGGCUGGAUGUAAUUCAGGCUGCUCUGAGCCCAAGGAGUUGAAAGAAGAGUGUCUGCCAGUCUGCCAGUGAGGUCCAGGCUGUUUUACAAUGGCUUUUCCACCCUCAUAUUUACAGUGUCAGCUGAUGGAGACAGAGUCCACAAAUUGUCAUUAACUCACAGAUACUGCUAGCCUACCAUGUCAGUAUUAACAAAUAUUGGAUAAAAGUUAAUAUAGGGAUGAAAAACAAAAUGCAGGGAAUUUAUUGCUAGGAAUGGUUGGUUCACUACCUUUUGCAGCAUGGAUGUUGACCCACUAUGAAGCAUGAAAAGUGUACUGAAGAAAUCGACUAGAACUUCUUGUUUUUUGUUGCUGAUGCAGUGAUGAAAAUAUGUAUCAACUAAGUCCUUAAUGUGAUUGCUGGAAGGUCGAUCAUUGAUAAAUAGAGCAUUAUUUCAAUAGAGCUCAGAUGUCAACAGUUUACAUUUUAUAAUCAAAGAAAUUAUGGAAAUUAGUACAAUUCAAAGAAGUUGUACUCAAAAGUAGUUUGGUUUAGAGCUUCGUUGCAAUAGAGAGUCUAUUCCCAUCUCCUCCCAUCUAACACAGAAAAUACGUAACCCAGUAAUUCAGGGAGUUAAAUAGUGACAUUUCACAAUAAAUGCAUUUUGAGUCUUUGACUCCUGAGAUUCCACAUAACUAAGUGGCAUUGCUCUGAUGACUACAGCAUGUCAUACAGUCUGAUACCACAGAUUUUGCCCAAAGUAAUCUGCCAAUUUACUGCACGUGUGUACAAAGCCAGUUAUGGUUUAUCUCGCUGUUUGUUAAACUUGUUAUCCCUAUAGGAUUUCAAUAGUAAAGUUUUUGCUUUGACCAUUGUUUAAAAAUAACUAAAUGAUGUUCAUUAGAAGUAUGACUAUUCAUCUGUUUCAGUUGUGUAGAUCGAGAGGGCUACUGAUACCAAGAUGACCAUUACCGUCUUGGCCCAUCUUGACUACAGGUGUUUUGUCUUUUAUUCUUUGACAACCCUCCUUGCAUUAAUAGUCUGGGGAGGAUGAGGAGAUGACAUAAAUACACAUUUAUAUAAACCUUAGAGUAUGCUGCAAUCUCUAGUUCCUCUGGAUACCUCACUAGCAUUUUUAUUGUGUGUGCUUGUAGUCUGUUGAAUGUUUUGAUUUUACUAUUCUUGGUGUAUUCUCAUUCUUAGCUCUAGAUUGCAAGUAGGCAGUGAAUGUCUAUCUGAUGUGCAAUUUGCCAUCGAAUAAACGCUUUUUUAUAAUGAUGGCAAUGAGGUAAACUUUUUUUUUCACACUUUAGUGGUCUGAGGUGGCCGUGGUUGGAAGAGGGUGAGUCAAGGACGAAGGGGCAUUUUACGGGCGGUAAAUCGUUUGCUCCCUGGAACUCAGAGGGCGCUCCCAGCGGACGUCGACUUCGUUUCCGGUCGGCGGUGCCGGGCCAGGUGCCUCCGGGCGCGCAGGGCAGCACGGGGAAGGGAAAGGGCAGGGAUCCCACAAGCCUUUGCACGGCUUCCGAGAGCCCGGGCCGCCCAUGCUCUUCGCGAGCGCUCAGGCCGCCGGGAAAGCCAACGAGGUGAGACGCGCUAGAAGGGCCCGCGGGCUGGGAACCGGAAGUUGCGCGAUCACUUCCGGGGGUGCUUUUCCGCACUCCUACGCAGCUCUGCGGCAGUGGGUGGGCCGCCGCCUCCGCCACCCACCCACGGGCGGCGCCGCCGAAACCGGGGGAGGAGAAGGGAGCGAGAGUGUUUUCCAAGCCGCUCCUCAGGCCUCGCCGGUGGCCGUCGCGGGCAUCCAGAAUCUCGGCCCUGGACUGUAGGCACUGACAGCGCUACCUCGCCGGCCCUAACCCCGUUUUAGCGAUGCGGAGCUACGGGCCCGUCCUGCCUGUGUGUCUCUGGCUUGCUGAAAGGGAUGCUUUAUGCGUCGCACUUGCCCUGGGUAGAGUAUCUUCUCUGUAGACCCGGCACAGUCUCCUCGUCGGAUUUCUGCUUGCGCCGAAGCCGAACUCUUAACAGGCUUCUGGUUCCUUGGAGUAUAUCCUGAGCCCACCUGAGUACACGGCCCCCAGCUGCGCUUAGCUACUUCCAUGAAUACAAAGCCCUCACUUUCUAGCUCAGAUGCCUUUUCCCUGCACUCUACAUCUCUGUAUUCAGGAGGUCUUCCUUUGGAUGUCUCUGAGGCACCAAAAACAUGACCAAAACCAAACUCGUGCUUUUAGCCCCUAAUUUUGCCUCCAGUAUGUGGCGCCACAUCCACACAAUUCUUCAUGUUACGCACACACUCUCCUUCCUGCUGAACACACACUCAAGUCCUGUUGAUGAUUAUACGCACAAAAUACCUCUCAAACCUGACUGCUUUCUCUCCACUCAUAUCCAACAGUACUUGCCUGGAUUGACUGACGCAGCCCCCAAACCUCUCACGUCACUCUUUUCUUCUGCCAGCACAUCUGAUUUUGUCACCAUCCAACUUUGACAUCUUCCACUGGCUUCCUAUUGUCCUUAGGAUAAUGUCCCAAAUUUUCAAUGUGACCUUAUUGUUACUUCCCUGCCAGCUCUCAAUUCCAGCUGCUCUUUUCUUUCUUCUACCUCCAACGGCAUUGACUUUCUUUCAGUUCAUCAAAUAGAACAAGCUCUUCACUUCCUUUUACCUGGAACAUCGUCUCCAUCCUUACCUCCUUUAUUUUAUCCUCCUCAGAGCACUUGCAUGCUUGUAAUUGAAUAGUAAUUAUGUAACUAGAGGUUUAAUGUCUCUGUAGGGCCAAGGGUCAGGCACAUGGUAAGUGCUUAAAAUUAUACAAUGAAUGAAAUUUCUAUGGUUUUGUCACUUUUAUACUGUUGGAUAAUUUUUGUUCCAGUGAUGAAAAUAUGUAUCAACUAAGUCCUUAAUGUGAUUGCUGGGAGGUCGAUCAUUGAUAAAUAGAGCAUUAUUCCAAAAGAAGUCAGAUGUCAACAGUUUACAUUUUAUAAUCAAAGACAUUGUGGAAAUUAGUACAAUUCAAAGGAGCUGUACUCAAAAGUAGUUUGGUUUAGAGCUUCGUUGCAACAGAGAGAGUCUAUUCCCAUCUCCUCCCAUCUAACACAGAAAAUACCUAAUUUUGGAUAGAAGACUGACUGGAAGAAAGGGAAUAGGCCCUGGUACUAUUGUUGCAAGUAGGCAGGAGGUGUAACAGUGGCUAAGAGAAGCUGUAAGGAAUUAUCAAAAAGCCUAAGACAGUUCUCUGGAUAAAAAUGUUAUGAUACUCUAUAGGCUUUAAAGGAAUAAUUUAGUGAAGAUGCAUACUUGCCACAAGCCAUGUUUGAAAGAAGUGAGGUAAAUGUGAUAUUUGUAUUUCAAAUAGAAUUGUGCUGAGUUAAUACAACAGAGAAGUAAAUGUAACAAUUUGAGUCCACGUGUUACUGCCUUGACCUUUCUGGGAGUAAGUUUCAGUGAUGAAAGUAGCUCACAUUGCUGGGCUAGGGGAUACCUGGCCCAAUAACAUCAUUACCUGUGCUGUUCCCUCCUAGAAGGUCCCCUCAAUGGGGGAAGGGCAAGCACUCAGGAGGGGCUGAAUGGUGCCACACUUGAAGGCUAGGCAGCCCAGGAAGUUCCAAGAAGGGGAACUGCUGACACCAUGAAGAUCAUGGAUCAAAAGGGACUUGGUUAGCAGGUCCAUAUUCCUGGUUAACUUCACUUGACUGAUUGGGCCCAUGAGCCUGUCCCUGACCCAACCACUAUGGCCAGGAGGAUGGAGUAGGCUGGCCAGAGCUGUUCUCAUGUGUUCUGCUGGAGCAGUGGUAGGGAUCAGCCCCACCAAAAUCACAUGGAUGAAGUAGAGAAGCAGUGACUCUCUGAGGGAUACUUAGGGUACUGUAAGAAGAUAGGAUGGGUGCUGGGGUCAAAAGUUAGCAGGUAAGUCAGAGAAUCAGGUAAUAAGUGAUGAAAAUGGAUAACACUAAUCAAGAUGUCACAUUCCUGGCACUCCCAUGCUAGGCACUUUUCCUGGAUUAGUUCACCAUUAUCGCAUUUCACACAUGCAGAAAAUGGCUUGAAUGUAGGAUUAUAAGACAUAGAAGGAGACAGAAUGGAAGUAUAAAGUGCAUGGUAGAAGAUGUGCUGCUCCAUAUUGCUCAGCUUUCUCUGAGCUAGGCAAACUCCAGAAAAUGACUGGGUCUCAGUCUCCACAAAUGCCAAAGGAAUAACUGUGAACUCUACCUCAAAGUGUGUAAGGGUCAAGGGAGAUGGGCAAAUCUAUAAGGAAUCAUUUCUUGCUGUAGAGUGACUGGCCUGGCAGGAGAAAGCUGGGGGCCCUGACCUUCCCAUCUCAAGUAGAGCCUUCCCUAGUAACUUCCCAUCUCGUGAUUCCUGUUUAUGUUUUUUCCUUAGUAGUUAUGAUUGCAGUUUUACAUUUGUGUAAUUGUCAUGUCUGUUUCCUCCUCUAGACUAGGCUUUCUAAGACAGCAUGCACAUCAUCUGGGUUCACCAUAGUACACGCUGCACCUCACGAUGCAACCCCCUGCGAUAUCAGUGAAUACUUGUCACAAGAAUAAACGAGCUUAAUGAAUGAGACUCUAGGAUAGACUUCCUGCAUGCGUUGUUACUCAGAGCGCUCCGCGGGCCCACGCGCUCUUCACGCGGUCAGCUGCUGACGGACAAGGGGGUGACGAGACUUCCGGGGCGGGGGCGCCACCCGGCCCAAUCAGAGGGGAUUGGACGGUACUUCCGGCAGAGGCCCCGCCCCCCGCCCUCGGCCUCUGUACCCGCUGUAACUUCCCAUCUCGAGGCUCCACCUCGGCGGUUCUGCACCGAGCUGGCGAUGCCGGAGGGGUCUGACCUCGUCGGGUGUUGUCAAGACGACUCUGGGGAAUCCCAGAGAAACGAGCGCGUGGGGCCCCGGGGCACCACUUCCAUCCGCCGAGCGAGUGCCAAGCCCAGCUCCUCGGCCGGGUCGGGGCGCCCUGGUGCGGCACCGGGCUAGGAAGACGGGGCCAGAAUUUCGACGUCACCUGCCUUGUGGGGCUAACUGCAGCCACAGCAGCAUUUGGGAACAAGCCCUGAGAUGGCAGACAGGAGGCUAUUGGGACAGAAAGAGCCUGUAGUAGGGGUCGUGGGAAUGAGGACAGGGUGGCUUCCGCACAGAUUUAGGGCGCAGAAGUAACGAUCUGGUUGGGUGAGAGAGCAGCGAGUCAAAGAUGGCUUGGAAAUUUCUGGGUUGGGUGACCUGAUGGCUGGUAGACUUGUGGGAGGUAUCUCUUGCCUCCUCAUGAGUUUACAGUUUUUCUGAACUUUCCAGGAAGAGGUAUUAGUCACAAGUGAGUGUGACACCGCGGCUCUAAGUGCUGCAGGGAUGGGAUGCGUUACGCUAUGAUUUCACCUGGCGAGGAAGGUUAGGGAGCCGGUUUACUUCUGAGGAGAGCAGAGAGCUAAACAAGGACUUGAGACCUCUGGAAAGGGCACCAGGUAGUGGGCUGACGUCUCUGAUGGAGAACUUUGCAAGGGCCUUAGCUAAUGUGUCCGCUGACCCCAUGUAUAGUCAGCUUUUCCCAGUCACCUGUAUCCAGAGGAAAAGACAAAUUGGAGAACUCAGAUGCCCGCCACACCCUACAGAGACAGGGUGUGAUGUUCCCAGGUCUAGUCCCAGCUGUAUGAGGUUGUCCUCUGAGCCAUAAGAUGACUGCAAACUUGGGUGCCCUGGGCCUCCCCAGCCCCCAGAAUUGGAAAGCUGCCUGAUAACAGAUGCCACCUUGUGGGAGAGGUCCAGCCUAGAAACCCAUGAUCCUUGUCCUGGAACACUGCUGCCACUGUGUCAGACCCUCCGCCACACGGAGCUGCGCCAGGGGGGCUCCUGCCACCAGUGGGGAAUGCCAAGAUGCCUGCCAAGGAGCAGAUCCUGGGACUACUGGAGCUGUCCUGGGCUCAGCAUGAGAAAAACACAAGAGUAACCCUGAUGGAAGAUGUGCAGAGAGCCCAGUAAGCCAGGAUGCUGGUGAGAAGGGUCAGAGAAGACGGAGAGAGUGAGCACGAGAUGAGUGAUAAGCUCCUCGCCUUGGAAAAAGUAGGCCUGCGGUUGGUGGGGAGGGGAGGAACCCUGAGCACGUUACCCUCUGCUUCCUCUUACCCUGGGGCUCCUGUCUCCCUCAGGGGAAAAAGCCACAGCACUGAGCUCUGACAGUCACCUUUAUUUUGGCCCAAGCCAGAACCAAACUUUCUAGGCCUAGGCGGACAGCUCAGAGUAGAACUGAAAACCAGGCAGAAUUUUACCCGUGUUUCCAGUUACCGAUUAUCUACCCAUAAUUUUAUCUUACCUCAUUUUACCCGAUAGGGAAAUCGAGGUGGAGGCAUCUUAGCGCUCAGUAACUGGCUAGUUGCAGCACUGGAAAUGGAAGCUGGGUCUUCAGGCUCCUCGCCCUGAGCCUUUUCCACCGUCCCGAGCUGUCUCCUCGUCACGUUCUAUGGCAGCACGCUAGCUGUGUGCUCAGCUAACUCCUCGUGAAGAAGUAACUUCUUUCUCAAAAAGACGUGUCUGGCUGCACAACUUUGUGAAUGUACUGAAACCCACUGAACUGCGUACACUUAAAAGAGUGAGUUUUAUAGUGUAUGAAUUAUAUCUCAAUUUAAAAAAUAACCUUGGAAGCAAAAUGAAGUUGAAGUAUUUUAAACAGCAAUAAAAUUCAUAUUUAAAUGUAAUAUACAAAAUAACAUCAGAGACAUGAAAAGAACUUAUGCUACCGAAUUGACUGAUUUUUGUGCACGCCUGAUAGGAAAGCUGCCUUUGCCUUCUCCGCGCAAAGAAUAUCUACGAUGAGCUGUUAAGACUGUUAGCAUUUGCAAUUAUUUAUCUGUGCUAACAGUGUACAAUGAAAAUAAAGUUCAAAUAAACUGGAUCUUAAUAUAAGAAUGCAGUUCCAGAAAGGAUAAAUAAAAAUUUAAAAGACAUGUGCCCUGGUUUAGGCACUAUUUCCUCCCAGAGAAUUCAUCCUUUGCCAGGAGCAAAAAGGUGCCACACAGUUUCAAACUGCCGAGUAGAGAGUUUUCUCCUGGGCUCGGGGCACAGCUAUGGGCCAUGGGGAGGGGUGGGGGAUCUAGACAAAAGGGGAGAAGCUGCAAGUCUGCCACAGGGAGGUGCACGUCCCACUCAGCUCCUCUGCCCACCCAGGGUGAUGGAGCUGGGACCCCCACCCACCCACUGUACUGGCCUCAGGACGUCCCUUACUGCCUAGGAGCAGACUUUUCCAGAGCUCUCAUUUCUCCUUCCUGAGGGCACAUGUUUGACCUCUGGUGUGAUCUGUGACCUCCGAUUCCCCCAAAUCCUGGC